AUGAAGGUCAUCAUAGGCAUUGGAGGCGUGACCAACGGUGGGAAGACCACCCUGACCAACAGCCUCCUCAAGGCGCUGCCCAACUGCUGUGUGAUCCAUCAGGAUGACUUCUUCAAGCCUCAGGACCAAAUAGCAGUCGGGGAGGACGGCUUCAAACAGUGGGACGUGCUUGAGUCCCUGGACAUGGAAGCCAUGCUCAGCACGGUGCAGGCGUGGGUGAAGGAUCCACGCAAGUUUGCGCGUGCUCACGGUGUCAGCCUGCAGCCAGGUGCCUCAGACACCCACAUACUCCUCCUCGAGGGUUUCCUACUGUACAGCUACAAGCCCCUGGUGGACUUGUACAGCCAACGCUACUUCCUGACCGUGCCGUAUGAGGAAUGCAAGCGGAGGAGAAGGAGCCGUACUUACAUGGUCCCUGAUCCUCCUGGCCUGUUUGAUGGUCACGUGUGGCCCAUGUACCAGAAGUAUAGACGGGAGAUGGAGCGGGACGGGGUGGAAGUUGUCUAUCUAGAUGGCAUGAAGUCCAGGGAGGGGCUCUUCCGUCAAGUUCUGGAGGAUGUUCAAAACAGGCUGCUUAACACGUCCUAGCAAGGACAUGAAUGUGACA